CUGUUUUAUGCGGUGGUCGGGGUUUGUGUUUCAUAUCACGUUUGUUAUUUACAUAGAUAAUAGUUUUUUUCGGAUUGUUUAUCUGCAUCAUAAAUUUAAUUUAAAGAUGCACCAUUCUACCAGCGCUCUUGAACACGGCACUCUACGCAACAGCUCUCUACGCAACCGCCGUGCCCUGAAGUAUGAGUAUUAAGAGCGUCUUUAUUGCAUAUUUUGCCUUGCUAUUAUGAAAUUUCGCUCGGGAGAGACAGAUACACAGAGAGGCAGGAACAGUGGGAGACAGAGACGCAGAAAGGGAAACAGAGAGAGUGAAAGAGACAUACGGAGACAGGGACGGGGAACAUCAAGUGACAGCUGUGUAUUUGUAAAUAAACAUAACACAUUUGUGUUACGAGUUCUAAUGGUUGUAUUCUGGAUUAGACCUGUAUGUGAAAAGGUUCAAGAAAGUUAAUGUGUGAACGUAUAUGGCAUUAGGAUCAUUUGUUUGGAUGGUGAAUAAAGUGUUUUUGUGACAAGUGAGUCAAUACGGAACUGAGAACCUUUUGGAAAAUGAGUCAACCAAGGCCACAAGUGCAACCUGUAAAUGGCAAAAGGCCCGCCCCACAGAGGGGACAGGAUGCCCCUUCAUCCCAACAUGAUGACUUGAUAAAAUUUAUUUGUGACUCCUGGAACAAAGUUUCAAGAGAAUUUGAACAUUUUAAUCAAAAUGGCUCGGAAACUAGUAAAGGUGGACCAUCGGUGAUCUACUAUGUAGAACAAGAUCCAAAUCCACUUUUGAAAGGUAUUUGA